UUGUUUUAAUAUGAAAAGAAUCCCUUUCUUCUCUUAAUGUAAUAAUGUAAACAUAACCCUCAAGUUUUGAGAUAGAAAGAGUCAAGGAAGACACAAAUUUGGGAGUAAAUAAAAAUGGCAUAUCCCAAGUGGAAUAUCCACUUCACUUUCCACAGUUUGGUUUUAGAACAAUAAAAAAUCAGAACCAAAUAAAUAAAUUAAAAAAUAUUUUACUAAAUGUAUUUGUAACAUGGGCGUUUCCUUCCUUAGCUGUGAAAAGUCUCUCUUGCUUUCUCUCCCUCCCUCGAAUAUCUUCUCUUCGCAGGCAAACAAACAGAGCUCAAUUUCUUUUCUUAUUCCGAGUCUUGGUUAUCAGAUUGCAUGUUUCACUGGAGUGAUUGACAUAGCAAAAGUUUGUUAGGAAGAAUCAAUGAAACCUUGGUUAGCAUGUCUGGAUUAAUUGAAGGUCUUCCAGAUGCUGUUGCCCUUAGGUGCCUAGCACGGGUUCCCUUCUACCUAUAUCCUAAGUUGGAGAUUGUUUCUCAUUCCUGGAGAGCUGCCAUUCGAAGCCCCGAGCUGUUUAAAGCUCGACAGGAAAUUGGCUCAACAGAGGAACUUCUAUGCGUGUGUGCCUUUGAUCCGGAGAAUUUAUGGCAGAUGUAUGAUCCUUUACGUGAUCUUUGGAUUACUCUUCCUGUCCUUCCCUCAAAGGUCAGGCACCUUGCUCACUUUGGUGUGGUCUCUACUGGUGGGAAGCUGUUUGUGCUUGGUGGUGGAAGUGAGGAUGUCGACCCUUUGACUGGUGACCAAGAUGGGAGUUUUGCAACUAAUGAAGUUUGGUCAUACGACCCUGUGGUGCGUCGGUGGGCUCAACGUGCAUCCAUGAUCUUACCUCGUGCUAUGUUUGCAUGUUGUGUGUUGAAAGGAAAGAUCAUCGUUGCUGGAGGUUUCACCAGCUGCAGAAAAUCUAUAUCUCAAGCAGAAAUGUAUGAUCAUGAGAAGGAUGUGUGGAUUCCGAUACCUGAUCUCCACUGCACCCACAAUUCAGCAUGCACAGGGUUAGUUAUUGGAGGAAAGGUGCAUGUGUUGCACAAGGGAUUAUCUAAAGUGCAAGUCCUGGACAACGUGUGCUCUGGGUGGACAGUGGAGGAUUACGGUUGGCUCCAGGGUCCAAUGGCAGUUGUACAGGGAGCCCUAUAUGUGAUGAGCCAUGGACUUAUUUUCAAGCAAGAAAAGGAAGUGAGAAAGGUCGUAACCUCUUCUUCAGAGUUUCGCAGGAGAAUCGGGUUUGCAAUGACAGGAGUGAGAGAUGAAAUUUACGUGAUCGGAGGGGUAAUUGGCCCGGAUCGAUUUAAUUGGGAUAUCAAACCCAUGUCUGAUGUUGAUAUCUUGACAGUUGGGGGUGAUAGACCUACAUGGCGUCAGGCUGCUCCAAUGACAAUGUGCCGAGGAACAAUUUUUGGUUGUACACAGCUAAGAAUUUAGAUCUCAGCUCUUCUCUCUUUUCUGUUCUUUUUUUUUUUUUGGUUUUAAUUUUAUUUAUUUUUAUCUUUAAUAGUUGGCUGGUUUCAUUUUAAGAAGUGUACUGUUGUUGAGGCAUUGAGUUCCCUCCUAUUGGAGAUGACAAAUGAUAUUUUCUCUUUUACUCCUUAUGGCUACUUUAUUUUCUAUAUACAUACAUACAUACAUAUAUAUAUAUAUAUAGUUUGAUGAAA